UGACCUCUCACUCUACGCCUCCUCCACUUUAAUUUUUAAAAACCUAUUUACUCUCCACUUGCUCUUGACCUCGCGCAUACUUCUUUCCACUUUCCCCCUGGAUGUUCGCUGUUACAUAACUUGUCUUUCUUCUUCAAAUACUGGAUUUCGCCUCAUAUUGCUGUUGACUAGGCCACCCGCCCUUGUCUACCACACCGUAUAUCUUGAAGGCAAACAGAACGACAUUGGUGGAUAAGAGGAGCUUCGGUAGCUAUAGGUCACAUCGCCGUCGCAGCCUCGUGAAACUUUGCUGGAUUAUCAGACCUUAAGAUCUAACGUAACUUAUUGUUAUUUGGUUUGCUGGCUCUCAACCGCACAGUAUGGGUGUCGGAGCGUUUAUGGAACCACUUGUGGUGGUGACGCUUCUCUUUGGAGGCACAUGGGUGAAUCGAAACACAGAGUACCGCAUAUUCGACCGCCGUAGAUCUGCCAACUCUUCUCCACGAUCCACAUCUCCUGAUUCUAUCGGAUCCGGGGCAUCUAGUCCUCGCUCAACAACCACAUUACUCGACCGGGCUUCUUCGCCAUCAUUACUCACAUCUCAGGAGCCAAAAUGGAGGAAGCGAGAGCUGCGGUUCUUUGGAUUAAGGAAAGAGGUGGUGUCUCCGAAUACCAGGAGGUUUGAAGGUUAUUUCCUGAGCAGACUGUUGAAGAAGUUUCCAUUCCUGGUGGAGGCAUGGUAUUGGGCGUUGAUUUACUGGGUAUAUCAAUUAGGUCGAGCUUUCACUGCAGUUACUAUGGUCGAAAAUACUGUUGAUAUUGCCCGUCGCCAUGCGCUUCAGAUCAUUCACUUGGAAGAGCGAUUAAAGAUCUUCUGGGAGCUCCCCAUCCAGCACUGGUUCUUGAAGCAUCCGUUCAUCAUGCACUGGACGAACCGAAUCUACUCGUUCAUUCACAUCCCAGGAACGAUUCUCUUCCUCGUAGGACUAUACUACUACACGACAACCCGCAACCGCCUCGAUCUCCCUCUUCCGAACAAGGCACGAGGUGAAGCCGAUGGCUCUCCCGCUGGUCCCAAACUUUACGCCGCCCGUCGUCGAACCAUGGCCGUGUGCAAUCUCCUCGCCUUCAUCGUAUUCACACUGUGGCCCUGUAUGCCACCGCGACUCCUCUCCGACCCAGACGUCCCAGGCGCAGUCGGCAAAGAAGCCCGCAGCUACGGCUUCGUAGACACCGUCCACGGCGCCGAAGGCGAAUCCAGCGUAUGGACACAGAACAAGUUCUGCAAUCAAUACGCGGCGAUGCCCUCCCUUCACUUCGGCUACUCUCUCCUCAUCGGCAUGACCAUUUGCACCCUCCCACUCGCCUCGCAACACCGCCGUGCGCGCACUCUUCCCGUACGCCUUACUCGCUCGCGCACCCUCCGCCUACGUCUUCCCACAGCCCGCCGCCUCCUCUGCCUUAUAAUCGGCAUCGCCUACCCGCUGACCAUCCUCCUCGCCAUCAUCGCAACCGCAAACCACUUCGUCCUCGACGCCGUGGCCGGAGCCUGCGUCUGCGCGCUCGCAUGGACCGGAAACCGCGUGCUUCUCAACCUCCUCCCAUUGGAAGAUUACUUCCUCCUGCUCGUCAGGAUCCACAAGCCUGAGCGCAGGGUCAUCGGAUACGACGGCGAGGAGGAGGGAGACAGCAUCGAGGAUACCUGGGACACCCGAGCGAUCUCACCCAUCAAGGGCGCGGUCAUCGAUUAAAUCAUUUUCUCACCUUCCACCUUCUUCUUUUCAUAUAAUAACGAACUUUUUCCAUAAAAAGAGACUUCCGAGUUCUCAAUUAUCUAAUCAAUUGGCUUUUAUCUACGGGAAUGCAAUGCCACGGCGCCUUG